AUGGCCGAAGGAAUUAAAUAUCCCCAAACAAUUAAUUUAACAAUUAAUUUAAAUAAACAAUUCGAGAUUACUUAUGUUCAUUUAAAGUUUAUUUCUCCACGUCCUGAAAGUUUUGUUAUUUAUAAGAAAAAUAAAAAUAAUGGAAAUGAAUGGAUACCUUGGCAAUAUUAUAGCGGUUCAUGUCUUUCAACAUUUAAAUUACCAGAAAAAGCUCCAAUACUUCCCGGAAACGAAGCUAUAGCCCAAUGUACAAAAGAAUUUUCUGAUAUAUCUCCAUUAACUGGGGGAAGGAUUGCUUUUUCUACUUUAGAGGGAAGGCCUUCUGCUGAAAAUUUUGAAGAAAGUGAAGAAUUACAGGAUUGGGUAACUGCUGAACAAAUAAGAAUAUCUUUAGUUAGAAUGAAUACUUUUGGUGAUGAAAUAUUUGGAAAUAAAAAAGUAUUAAGUUCUUAUUAUUAUGGAAUUAGUGAUUUGGCUGUUGGUGGAAGGUGUAAAUGUAAUGGACACGCAAAUAAAUGUAUUAAAUCAACAGGAAAGGGAAUACCUCAAAAAUUGAUUUGUGAAUGUCAACAUAAUACAAGAGGAAUAGAUUGUAAUGAAUGUGCUCCUUUUUAUUUUGAUAGACCUUGGAGGCCAGCAACUUCUUUUGAGGCUAAUGAAUGUUUACCUUGUAAUUGUAGUGGACGUUCUAAAAAAUGUUUUUUUGAUCCAAAACUUUUUGAAGAAACUGGACAUGGGGGACAUUGUUAUGAAUGUUUGGGGAAUACUGAGGGUGUAAAUUGUGAACGUUGUCUUCCAAAUCAUUGGCGUUCUCCAAAUAAUAAUUAUUGUAAACCUUGUAAUUGUAAUGUUAAUGGAUCUUUAAAUAAUGGAAAAUGUAAUGAAAAUAAUGGAAUUUGUAGUUGUAAAAAUGGAGUAACUGGGAAAUAUUGUGAUAAAUGUUUAGAUGGUUAUUUUGGGUUUGGAAUUAAUGGUUGCAAGUAA